AUGGCGCCCUCUACCCUCCCUUACAUGAAGACGAACCCCAAGAUCAUCUUCUUUACCGAUUUCGACGGUACCAUCACCCUCGAGGACAGCAAUGACUUCCUGCGUCGGGCGAAGAAUAUCGCGGUCCUGGAAGACCGCAUGAGCUUCCGUGAUUCGUUCCGCGAGAUGCUCGACAGCGUCAAGGUCCCCUUCAACGAGUGCAUCGAGACUCUCUGCAAGAACAUGCGCCUGGACCCCUACUUCCUCGAGUUUUACAACUGGUCGAAGGAGAACAAUGUGCCGAUCGUAGUCCUCUCCUCCGGAAUGAAACCCAUCAUCAGUGCCCUGUUCGAGAAGAUGCUGGGCCACAAGCCCGACGACCACCUUGUGAUCAUCGCCAACGACAUCGAGAGCCGCGACGGCCAGGACGUCAACAGCCCCGGCGGCUGGAAGAUCAAAUACCAUGAUGAAAGCCACUUUGGCCAUGACAAAUCGCUGGAGAUCAAGCCCUACCAUGCGUUGCCGGACAGCGUACGUCCGACCCUGCUGUAUGCGGGCGACGGGGUGUCGGACUUGUCGGCUGCCUCCCAGACGGACCUUCUAUUUGCCAAGAAGGGUAAUGAUCUGGUCAAAUAUUGUGACCAGAAAGGACAACCGUAUACGGUGUUCGAGAACUGGGACACGAUCCUGGCCACGACGAAGGAUAUUCUGAGCGGCAAGGUGUCCGUCAAGAAGCUGGCUGAAGAGGCGAAGGCGCUUUCCAUCUCUCCCCCUGCCCCUACCCCUGGUGGUCAAGACCCACUGAUCGGCUCGGUUCGCGCGGGCAUUCAGCUCGCUAUCUUUGCUUCCAUCGUCCUAUUCCUCGUGGUGUUCUUGGACAACAAAUUCCGUGUGCUACCCGACUCUAUUCAUGGCCACCUUCCGACUCAUUACCCGGGGACGGUCGUCACCGACGUCAUGGUCGUCACCUGUUCAUCUAUCAACGUCUUUGCAAAAUGUAAACCUAAGCUGGGGACAUGGGCCCAGGUGGACAAGGAUCUCUACCUCCGCUCGGGCUGGACGUCCAGCGCCUACAUCCAGUUUGAGCGGAAGAAAGAGCAAGACCUCCUCCCCACUGACCGGGUCGUCUUGGACUUAAGGGUCAGCCGACUUGUUCCCGAGUCGUCGGGAGACCCGAAGGAGGAUCAAGAGCAGUGGGAGCCGAGACCCGGAGGGAUUUGGCUCAAGCGCACCGCCAAGCGUCAUGCGAGUGAUUCGGGAAAGGCCGUUACCGCCAUCGACGUGCUCUUCGGGGCCGAUGCGGUUGACCCGCGGGCGGGCUGGGAGGUCAGGGACACACCACUGAUGCUGGAUGGCCGCACGGAGGAGCUCGAGGUCCGCGUCAGCGUCCGGAAAGGGGACCCGGCCAAAAAUAAGAGACCGGUCCCGCGGAUCAACGAGAACGGGCGGUUCAAGAUCAUGCAGCUGGCCGAUUUGCAUCUGAGCACGGGUCUGGGGGGAUGUCGCGAGCCGGUUCCGGCAGAGGUCACCCCCGGCCGCAAGUGUGAAGCGGACCCGCGGACCCUAGACUUUGUCGAGCGGCUCUUGGAUGAAGAACAGCCCGACAUGGUCGUCCUGAGCGGCGACCAGGUCAACGGCGAUACCUCCCCGGAUGUGCAGAGUGCCCUUUUCAAGUCGGUCAAGCUGCUGGUGGACCGGAAGAUCCCCUACGCGGCCAUCUUUGGCAACCACGACGACGAGGGCAACCUCAAGCGGUCGCAGCAGAUGACCAUCCUGGAGGACCUCCCUUACUCCCUCUCGUCGGCGGGCCCGGAAGAGGUGGAUGGGGUGGGCAACUACAUCGUGGAGAUCCUCGGCCGCGGGAAGACGGCCCACUCGGCUCUCACGCUCUACCUUCUCGACACGCACUCCUAUUCCCCCGACGAGCGACAGUUCCGAGGAUAUGAUUGGAUCAAGCCCAAUCAGAUCCGGUGGUUCAAGAAUACAGCCCAGGGGCUGCGGACCAAACACCAAGAAUACACCCACAUGCACAUGAACAUGGCAUUCGUCCACAUUCCCCUGCCGGAGUAUCGGGAUUCCCGCAACUAUUACCGCGGGGCGUGUGACCAUGUCAACGACUACUGCAUGCUCAACAAAGACCGCAAUGACAAGCCAUCGCUAUGGAUGUGCUAUGGCGGCGGCGCAGGAUUCGGUGGCUACGGCGGGUAUGGCGGCUACGUGCGACGGGUGCGCUUCUUUGACUUUGACAUGAACGCCGGACGGGUGAUGACAUACAAACGGCUCGAGUACGGUGAGAUCGAGUCCAAGAUCGAUGAGAUGAUGAUCAUCGAUGGGGCCACUGUGAAGGGACCCGAGCAGGGCCACUAG